AUGGAGGUGGAUACUGAGGAGAAGCGCCAUCGCACACGCUCCAAAGGUGUUCGAGUUCCCGUGGAACCAGCCAUACAAGAGCUGUUCAGCUGUCCCACUCCGGGCUGUGAUGGCAGUGGUCAUGUUAGUGGCAAAUAUGCAAGACACAGAAGUGUAUAUGGUUGCCCACUGGCUAAAAAAAGAAAAACACAAGAUAAACAGCCCCAAGAACCAGCUCCUAAACGAAAACCAUUUGCUGUUAAAGCGGACAGCUCCUCGGUAGAUGAGUGUUAUGAAAGUGAUGGGACAGAAGAUAUGGAUGAAAAGGAGGAAGAUGAGGAUGAAGAGUACUCUGAGGAUAAUGAGGAGCAAGGAGAUGAGGAUGAAGAGGAUGAGGAGGUAGACCGAGAUGAAGAGGAGGAGAUUGAAGAUGAUGAUGAUGAUGAUGAUGAUGAUGAUGAUGGAGAUGAUGUGGAGGAUGAAGAAGAUGAAGAGGAAGAGGAGGAGGAGGAAGAAGAGGAAGAAGAAGAGAAUGAAGACCAUCAAAUGAAUUGUCACAAUACUCGAAUAAUGCAAGACACAGAAAAGGAUGAUAACAAUAAUGAUGAAUAUGAUAAUUAUGAUGAACUGGUGGCCAAAUCAUUGUUAAAUCUUGGCAAAAUAGCUGAGGAUGCAGCAUACCGGGCCAGGACUGAGUCAGAAAUGAACAGCAAUACCUCCAACAGUCUGGAAGAUGAUAGUGACAAAAAUGAGAACCUGGGUCGGAAAAGCGAGUUAAGUUUAGACUUAGAUAGUGAUGUUGUUAGAGAAACAGUGGACUCCCUUAAAUUAUUAGCCCAAGGACAUGGUGUUGUGCUUUCAGAAAACAUUAAUGACAGAAAUUAUGCAGAUAGCAUGUCACAACAGGAUAAUAGAAAUAUGAAUUAUGUAAUGUUAGGGAAACCCAUGAACAAUGGACUCAUGGAAAAAAUGGUGGAGGAGAGUGAUGAGGAGGUGUGUCUAAGCAGUUUGGAGUGUUUGAGGAAUCAAUGCUUUGAUCUGGCCAGGAAGCUCAGUGAGACAAACCCACAGGAGAGAAACCAACAGCAAAACAUGAACAUCCGUCAGCAUGUCAGGCAAGAAGACGACUUCCCAGGAAGAACGCCCGAUAGGAACUACUCUGACAUGAUGAACUUAAUGCGACUUGAAGAACAAUUGAGUCCCAGAUCUAGAACUUUUUCUAGUUGUGCAAAGGAGGACGGGUGCCAUGAAAGAGACGACGAUACCACCUCCGUUAACUCCGACAGGUCUGAAGAAGUCUUUGAUAUGACCAAGGGUAAUUUAACACUUCUCGAGAAAGCGAUUGCUUUGGAAACGGAAAGAGCCAAGGCCAUGAGGGAAAAAAUGGCAAUGGAAGCUGGAAGGAGGGAUAAUAUGAGAUCAUAUGAGGAGCAGUCUCCAAGACAACUUUCCGGGGAGGAGAGAAAGCCUAAAUCCAGUGACAGCCAUGUCAAAAAGCCAUACUAUGAUCCCUCAAGAACAGAAAAGAAAGAGAGCAAGUGUCCAACCCCUGGGUGUGAUGGAACUGGCCACGUAACUGGGCUUUAUCCUCAUCAUCGCAGUUUAUCCGGAUGCCCGCACAAAGAUAAGGUCCCUCCAGAAAUUCUUGCCAUGCAUGAAAAUGUUCUCAAGUGUCCUACUCCAGGCUGCACAGGGCGAGGGCAUGUAAAUAGCAACAGGAACUCUCACAGAAGCCUCUCUGGAUGCCCUAUUGCUGCAGCAGAGAAACUGGCAAAGGCCCAAGAAAAACACCAGAGCUGUGAUGUGUCAAAAUCCAAUCAGGCAUCAGAUCGAGUCUUAAGGCCAAUGUGCUUUGUAAAGCAACUAGAGAUCCCUCAGUAUGGCUACAGAAACAAUGUCCCCACAACCACUCCUCGUUCCAACUUGGCCAAGGAACUUGAGAAAUAUUCCAAGACUUCGUUUGAAUACAACAGUUAUGACAACCAUACUUAUGGCAAGCGAGCCAUAGCUCCCAAGGUGCAAACCAGGGAUAUAUCCCCCAAAGGAUAUGAUGAUGCUAAGCGGUAUUGUAAGAACUCGAGUCCGACCAGCAGCACCACGAGCAGCUAUGCCCCUAGCAGCAGCAGCAACAUGAGCUGUGGGGGCGGCAGCAGUGCCAGCAGUACUUGCAGCAAAAGCAGCUUUGACUACACGCAUGACAUGGAGGCAGCCCACAUGGCUGCCACGGCCAUUCUCAACCUGUCCACCCGCUGCCGAGAGAUGCCACAGAACCUCUCCACUAAACCUCAGGACCUCUGUGCAGCCCGGAAUCCUGACAUGGAGGUGGAUGAAAAUGGGACUCUGGACCUCAGUAUGAAUAAGCAGAGGCCGCGAGAUGGCUGUUGUCCCAUUUUGACUCCACUGGAGCCUAUGUCCCCCCAACAACAGGCGGUGAUGAACAAUCGGUGUUUCCAACUGAACGAGGGGGACUGCUGGGACUUGCCAGUAGACUACACCAAAAUGAAGCCCAGAAGGAUAGAUGAGGAUGAUUCCAAAGAGAUUACUCCGGAAGACCUGGAUCCCUUCCAGGAAGCAAUGGAAGAAAGACGGUAUCCUGGGGAAGUGACUAUCCCAAGUCCCAAACCCAAGUAUCCUCAAUGCAAGGAGAGCAAAAAGGAUUUAAUAACUCUGUCUGGCUGCCCAUUGGCUGACAAAAGCAUUCGAAGUAUGCUGGCCACCAGUUCACAAGAACUCAAGUGCCCCACCCCCGGUUGUGAUGGCUCUGGACAUAUUACUGGCAAUUAUGCUUCUCAUCGAAGCCUUUCAGGUUGCCCGAGAGCAAAGAAAAGUGGCAUCAGGAUAGCACAAAGCAAAGAAGACAAAGAAGAUCAAGAGCCAAUUAGAUGUCCAGUUCCUGGUUGUGAUGGUCAGGGUCAUAUAACUGGAAAGUAUGCAUCCCACCGCAGUGCAUCAGGGUGCCCCCUAGCAGCCAAAAGGCAAAAGGAUGGGUACCUAAAUGGCUCCCAGUUCUCCUGGAAGUCAGUGAAGACGGAAGGUAUGUCAUGUCCCACUCCAGGAUGUGAUGGAUCAGGACACGUCAGUGGUAGUUUCCUCACACAUCGUAGUUUGUCAGGAUGCCCCAGAGCCACAUCAGCAAUGAAGAAAGCAAAGCUGUCUGGAGAACAAAUGCUAACCAUCAAACAGCGGGCCAGUAACGGUAUAGAAAAUGAUGAAGAAAUCAAACAAUUAGAUGAAGAAAUCAAGGAGCUAAAUGAGUCCAAUUCUCAGAUGGAAGCUGAUAUGAUUAAACUCAGAACUCAGGUAACAAUUACCACAAUGGAGAGCAACCUGAAGACGAUAGAAGAGGAGAACAAAGUAAUUGAACAGCAAAAUGAGUCUCUUCUUCAUGAACUGGCCAAUUUAAGCCAGUCUUUAAUUCAUAGUCUAGCUAAUAUCCAGCUCCCACAUAUGGAUCCAAUCAAUGAACAAAAUUUUGAUGCUUACGUGACUACUUUGACGGACAUGUAUACAAAUCAAGAUCGUUAUCAGAGUCCAGAAAAUAAAGCCCUACUGGAAAAUAUAAAGCAGGCUGUGAGAGGAAUUCAGGUCUGAACAGCUGCUCUAGUGAUGAAAAUCUUGCUUAAAAAAGGAUGCCUCUUGUUUUUUGCUGCUGUAAUUUACCAGAAAGUGUUAUAUAUUUAUUUCUGUUUGAAACAGUGUUAUGCUUACAAGACUUCACAAUGAUUUUAUGUCUUGCUUUAAAGAUAGUAACUGCAGAAUAGUUUUUGAAUACAUUCACAUUUUGUACGUUUUCAUAUAAGCUGACAUAGUGUGAUAUGCCAUGUAAUGUUUAUAGCUGCUAAUGUAUGCACAUUUUUGGGGUAUAUAUAUUUCUGAAGAGGUAAGCUGAUCAAAAAUAAAUAGAGUGUAAAUUCUUUUUAAUGCUUUAGUGAUUAAAUGUUUUAGUAUUUUGAACUGAAAUGGACAGAAAAAAAAAAAAAAAAAAAAAAACAGCUUUGAAUGACAAUGUUGCAGUCCUGCAGCUACUUUUUAAAACACUAUCAUUUUGCCUCAUGUUGGAGGAUUUUAUGAAAUUUAAGAACUACAUUUUGUGUGCAUAUUGUUUCAUAGCAAGAAUUGGUUGCAAAAAUGCUUUAUUUUUGAACAAUGCUUGGAAAUAUUAUGUGAUUUUUUUGUUUGUUUGUUUUAGGAGGAUGGUGUAUGGUGGGGGCAAUAAAUGAGGUUUUUUGAAUUCCAAGGAAAUGGCAUGGAUUAACUGUAAGAAAUGAAAUAAGUAAUUUAUUGUAAGACAACAUCAAGCCAUGGAAACUUGACAGAAGAUUCAAAGCAGCUUAAACAGCACUUUUAAAUUAACUCCUAAGCAUUACAUGGUGUGAAUAUGGAAACUUCAGUUAAGACAGGAACUUGUCAGAGGUGGACAACAUGAAGAUUUCCUUUUUCAUUUUCAGUAAACUUUGGAACAACCUUCUCUUAUCUCCCCUAGAGUUUUGUGCCCCUCUGAACUGUUAUUGCAUUGUAGUUUAACAGAAUUUGUGUGUUUUCAAUUUAAAUUAAAAGAUAAUUUAAGAGCAUUGAUUUCCCCUUUUAGCUUUCAAGAGUGAUUAUUAUCAUUGUUUUACUUUGGGGGAUCAACACAAAUGAUUUAUGAGUAUUCUAGUUACUGGACUGAAUUCUCUCCUGGAUUGGUAGGAAACGCUGUUCAGUAAGAUUUUUCUCUCACCCACCCCAACCUUGGCUUUGAAUACUUGGUUCUAUUCAAAGUACCCUUAAAACGCCAUUUAUGUUCUCACUUUUGUUGCUGAUUAGUCAACCAUAUAGCAUUUACAUAGCUUUGUUGUUUGAUUUCUUGUGACCUAUUCUAAGAAUGAAUGCAAUCAGAGUUUAAAAGUAACUAAAUAUACUUCAGCACUUUUUUUGCUUUAAAAUAGAUCAUUUUAGACUUGUUUAUACCUUCAAGAUUUGAUUGUUUGAUUCCAAAUGACUGCACUAUAUGUAUGCAUAAGACCACUUUUUUAUUGCUG